AUGAACAUCGGGCUGCAUCAGGGCGGGAUCGAUCUCAGCAGCAUGCCGCAAACCUUCAAAGAUGCCGUCGCCGUGACACGAUAUCUGGGCAUGCGAUAUAUCUGGAUCGACUCCCUCUGCAUCGUGCAAGACGACGUCCUGGACUGGGAGCACGAAGCCGCCAGGAUGGCUGACGUCUAUGGUUUCGCCUAUCUGGUUCUGGGAGCAUCGUCUGCGUCUGACGGUACGAAGGGCUUCCUGGGCCGCCGCACUCAUAUCCGUGGCAGCGUGACGGUUCCCUGCUCAGCGAGCCCGCGCAAAUUCAGCAAAAUUCACUAUCGGCCGGUGUUGGACCACAGCAAGGCGCUGUUCUCGGCGAACUUUGACGGUCCAUUGUCAGAGCGGGGAUGGGCAUUCCAAGAGAGGGCUGUGGCGAAGCGCUUCGUUUCAUUCGGCGAGUUUGAGCUCCAGUGGGCGUGUCGCUCACUUGAAGACUGCGAAUGCGACGAGUUCGACCUCAGAAAAUCCCAAGUGGGUAUAGAAGGGAAUAACAGCUGGAGGUUUAGGGGUUCGGUGGGAAUACACUCCAAAGGAGAUGGAAUGUCGACGCAAGAUGCCCAUCAUUUCCAUCGUCAAUGGAGGAAAUCGGUAGUCACACCCUAUUCAGGGCGCAAGCUUACCUUCCAAGCGGACAAGCUGGUCGCUUUGUCGGCGAUCUCCCGAGUCUUCCAAGAGCGGGUGGAUGACGAGUUCCUCGCGGGAUUGUGGAGGAGGGAACUGGUUCAUGAUCUAAGCUGGAACAGAUCUCGGGUAGAGGAGUCAAGGGGAUGUCCUAACGCGCCGUCAUGGAGUUGGGCUUCUAUCGACGGUGCCGUUUCCUGGUGGAAAUCCUCCUUCGUUGAAUCAUUGAGACACACGGAGCCUUGCCAAGUCAUCGAAGCAGAAUGCACUGCGGCCUUUGAGGUUAAUCCCUUCGGGUCUGUGGAAAGCGGAUAUGUCAUCCUGGAAGGUCUUCUGAUCAAGGUCACUGCAAAAUAUCUCCACAAUCCACCGCCGUCGCAGGAGGGCCGGCACUACUUUUUGACUGAAUGGCCCGCUGGGGAGUUCUAUGCAGAUUCGUUUCUAGGAACUGCCGAUGUUGAGCUGAAUGGCGAGAUUGUCGAUACCGCUAUCCGAGGCACAUCUUCCAGUGCGAACUAUCGACAAGAAGGGGUUGAAUAUCCCGUCUGGUGCUUGCUUUUGACCACAGGAUAUCUCGGGCGCAUAGAAAACUACGAAAAGUAUGCUUACGUGCUGGUGCUCGGGCGAUCAGUUUCCCGACCGCGUGCGUUUGAAAGAGUUGGGCUGAUGGUUCUCAAGUUGGGCAAGGAAUCAUUGUCGAGCUUCCUUUCGCCAGGCUUCUUCUCAACUUGGCGCAAAGAAAGAAUUGCCAUAAUAUAG